UGGGCGCUUCUGUCGAUCGCUUCCUCGCUACUUAAUAGUACUACUAGCGUACUAACUUCUACCUAAUACCGUUUGCAGAACACCAAGUUUGCGGGGCACCUUCAUGUAUGCUGCUACGCCGGGUUUGGCAAUAUGCCAGCGUACCUAGCUUGCGUCCAGCAAGAUAUCGUCAACUCUCAAGCGUCACUCUUCCAAGUCGUGUGCCAAGAAGAGGCCGUUUCAAACCUCACAUAGACAAAUUGCGCAGGCAAUUUUCGGUCGCAAUUGUCCCUAGGGCAGCAUUAUCCGUACAGCCAGCUCCAUCAGCUAAUGCAGCCUUUCGCGAUCGCACGGCAAGUGUCUCUAAAGCUCUGAAAGCUCUGGACAGUUAUGCCGAAUGGAAAGCAAUGCACGCAGAAGUGACUAUGCUUGAAAAGACGUUGGAGGAUGAACAAGUCUGGAACGAUUCGGCAGCCGCAAUGAAAGUUAAUGCUCGGUUGGGUCGUCUCCGCAAGCAACUGAGCACGUAUCAGGAUCUCACUUCUUCGUUCAAACACCUUUCUGAGUUAGCAUCUGUCCCAGAAUUUGAUCUGGAUCCGCAAAUGGAGCACGAGCUAAUAUUAGAAUUUGAGGACCUUCAAGCACGUAUAAACAAGUAUCUCGUUUCGCUCUGGUUAUCAAGACCUACGGACAGCAACUCCGCAUACAUCGAUAUACGCGCAGGCUCUGGAGGGACAGAAGCUUGCGACUGGGCAUCGAUGCUUGCACGGAUGUAUACUAGAUGGGCUCAAUCACGGAAUUUUAAUGUACAAGUUGUCGAUGAAUCCCCGGGGGAUGUUGCUGGCAUAAAAGCAACUACCUUGCUCAUUGAAGGCCAGUUUGCUUAUGGUUAUGCUCAGUAUGAGUCAGGGGUGCAUCGUCUAGUUCGUAUUUCGCCAUUUGACAAUGCUGGCGCACGUCAUACAUCAUUCGCAAGUGUAAGGGUAUCCCCUCAUUUUGAUGACAACGCCGAGGAUAUUGGUGUUGAGGUCAAACCGAGUGAUUUAAAAAUCACUACCAUGCGAAGCCAAGGAGCAGGUGGGCAGCAUGUGAACAAGACCGAGAGUGCGGUUAGAAUUGUUCACAUACCCUCAGGUAUCACAGUCUUGGUACGCUUCAAUGUCGGUAUUUUGUAUUCAGCCUUUCUCACGACCUAUCAGUGUCAACAAGAACGUAGUCAACAUCGUAACAAACUACUUGCACUGUCAUUGCUUAAAUCAAAACUUUACGAUAUAGAGCACAAGAAGAAAGCCCAAUCCAAGGCCGAUGCCCACAAUACACUAGCAGAAAAUUCUUGGGGUUCUCAAGUCCGUUCUUAUGUAUUACAGCCUUACCAGCUUGUCAAAGACACGAGAACUGGAUUUGAGGUUUCCCGCGGGGCGCAGAAAGUCCUUGAUGGUGACUUGGAUGGUUUCAUGGAAGCUAAUUUAUGCAAAUUCAGAGCAAAAUCUUAAUCACACGUUACCUUGAUCAUAUCCCAUUGGGCUGGAGAGUUCAUUUAUAUGUUUUGUUGAUUGAUUGUAUAGGACAAUGGGAUUAUUCGAGCUACCGGAGCUACGUGAGUGUAGCUCCUAGAAGCCAAGGUGUUAUGCACCACGCCCCACACAAAAAAGUACAAUGGUAUUGUUCAGGAGCAAAUACCUGAAUUCAAAGCUUCCAAUCGAUGCUUUCGUAGAUCCUGAUCCCCCGUUGACUAUCCCUACGGUAUUGAAGACUUUGAAGUCAUCCUCAUCCGUGAUCGGUCCCAGAGCGAACGGAACAACUCGACGCGUAUUGCUAUCGAGAAAUCCUCAGUUGACUCAGGUUUGAUACAUGCAACUGGCACAAUGUGUCACGUAUGAUUAUUCUGUACAUGAUCUGUGUAGUCAUUAAAUCAUGACUCUUGCGCGAUGUGUACCUUGAUAUC